ACUCUCAUGGCUAACAACCUUCAGUAACUCUAGCUCUAGGGUAUCGGGUAUCUGAUGCCCUCUGUGUGCACUGUACAAAUGAGAAUUAGGGAUAUGUUGCUCACACGCUCCCCUCCCAAUAAGGAAAGCGAACCACCAAGAUGCACCUUAGUCCUCCGGGGUGCUUAGAGAGACCUUGGAAAGGCAAGUCCUAUCUCCAGCACGUGGGAUAAUGACGCACUUCCGGCCCGGGUUUGUUUUUCUGUCACCGGCAACAUAGAGAACUAACCGGCCAUGCUCGCGGGUGUGCUGUGUCGGUAGUGGGCCUGUUCGGGUCCUCGUUUUUGGAAGUGGGUAGCAGCGCGCCCCGUUUUGCCUUUCUAAACAACAACUUCGAGCUGGACGGUCCAGCGACUCCAAUGGCUGUCGUGGGAGCCGGGCUUUGUACAGUGAAAGUGGAGGAGUACUCACCCGGGAGUCAGAAGUCCUCCGCAUCCGGGGAUUGGCAGAACCCCGAAACUUCUCGAAAACAGUUCAGGCAGUUGCGGUACCAGGAAGUGGCCGGCCCCGAGGAGGCGCUGAGCCGACUCUGGGAGCUGUGUCGGCAGUGGCUGAGGCCGGAGCUGCGCUCCAAGGAGCAGAUCCUGGAGCUGCUGGUGCUGGAGCAGUUCCUCACCAUCCUGCCGCAGGAGCUCCAGGCCUGCGUGCGGGACCACUGCCCUGAGAGCGGGGAGGAGGCUGCGGUCUUGGCGCGGACUCUACAAAGGGCCCUGGACCGGGCCUCCCCACAGGGCUUUGUGACUUUCAAGGAUGUGGCCGAAUCUCUGACCUGGGAAGAGUGGGAGCAGCUGACUGCAGCUCGGAAAGGUUUCCACAGAGAGAGCACAAAGGAACCUGGGAGUAUGGGGCUGCCUGGCUUGGAAACCAGAACUUCAAGCACAGACUGUAUUCCAAAGCAAGAAAUUUUGAAGGAAGCAGAGCCCCAGGCAUGGAUACAAGAAGUGUCCCAGGGAAAGGCCCCACUAUUCACCAAGUAUGAUGAUGCCCUUGAGGACUGGGAAGAAAAGCGGUCAAAAGACACUGUAUUGCUGCAACUCCAGAGUUCUGAAGAGCAAGGACACACCACUGUCUCACAUCUUGUUGGUGUGUCCAAGGAAGGAGUUUCUAAAAAUAAUGAUUUUGGGAACAGUGCCAGCUUUGGCAUUGGUCAGCACAUCCAGACAGCAGAGAGGCUCAGCACCAGUGGUGACUAUGAGAACAACCACAAACAAGGCUUCCAUGUGAAAUGCCAUACUGUGAAACCUCACAACUCUGUUGACAGUAGUUUGGGGCUCCAAGAAGACAAACCCUAUAAAUGUGACAGCUGUGAGAAGAGGUUCAGACAGCGCUCAGACCUUUUUAAACACCAGAGGACCCACACAGGUGAGAAACCCUAUCAGUGCCAAGCAUGUGGGAAAAGUUUCAGCCAGAGUGCUGCCCUCGUUAAACAUCAGCGGACACACACAGGCGAGAAGCCAUACGCAUGCCCAGAAUGCGGGGAAUGCUUCAGGCAGAGCUCACACCUCAGUCGGCAUCAGAGAACCCAUGCCAGCGAGAAGUACUAUAAAUGUGAGGAGUGUGGGGAGAUCUUCCAUAUUUCCAGCCUUUUUAGACAUCAGAGACUACAUAAAGGGGAGAGACCAUAUAAAUGUGAGGACUGCGAGAAGAGCUUCAAGCAGCGCUCGGACCUCUUUAAGCAUCAGAGGAUCCACACGGGAGAAAAGCCCUAUGUGUGUUUUGUCUGUGGGAAAAGCUUCAGUCAGAGUGCAACCCUCAUUAAACACCAGAGGACUCACACGGGAGAGAAACCUUAUAAAUGUCUUCAGUGUGGCGAAAGAUUUAGACAGAGUACACACCUUGUCCGACACCAAAGAAUCCACCGAACUAUAGUCUCCUAGCUUUCAUAUGUAUUUGCAUGACUCGUGGUGGUUUUUGCUGUUGCUGCUAUUUUUGAUAAAAGGUUUCACUUUGCAGCCCUGGCUGACCUGGAAGUUGUUACUAUUCAGGCAUCUGUACUGGCCUGCCCUUAGGGUCCUGACAGGAUAUGUCCUUAGUUGCAGCCACUAAGAGCACCACCUGUGCACAUUCCUUAAAUUCCCUUACAAAAGGCAGGCCUAGCUGGGUGUUGGUGGUGCAUGCCUUUAAUCCUAGCACUUGGGAGGCAGAGGUAGGUGGAUCGCUGUGGGUUCAAGGCCAGCCUGGUCUACAGAGCUAGUUCCAGGACAGCCUCCAAAACAACACAGAGAAACCCUGUCUCGAAAAACAAAACAACAAAAAAAUGGCAGACCUUGCCUUUGUGCUACUUUUGUCUCCAGGGAUCCGCCUCUGCCCCCCUCUCUGCCCCUUCUCUCUCCUCUUCCAAUAAAUCCCCAUGUAAGCCCUGUUGUUUGGUGUGUCUCCUUCCUGCCUUUUUUAAAAUUAUUAUAGAAGUAGCUAUAUAGGCCAGGCUGGUCUCAGACUCAGAGAUCAACCAGCCUCUGCCUCUGCCUCCUUAAUGCUGAGAUUAAAGGUGUGCACCACCAUGCCCACCAUGACUUGUGUUUUGAUUGUUCUAUUGUUACUUUGUCCAGAAACUACAUUUUUUUGUCAUUUGGAAAUAUGUCAGGUCAUCAGAUUUGGCAGCAAGUGUCUUUAUCCACUGAGACAUCUCAAGAACCCAAUAAUUGUUUUAAUUUUAUAAAAAAAAAUAUUGCAGAGGAGGAGAAGGAUUGAGUAAAUAGGGAGCUUUCCAAAAGAUGAAAAUGGUACCAUAUUUGAGAAGUUUAAUGAUAAGAGUAAUGGUUAAAGGACAAGAGCAAAGGCUCAGCAGCUAAAAUGACAAAUACUGCUUACAUCGGACCUGGAUUCAAUUCUCAGCACCAUAUCACCAUAUGCACCUGUAAUUUUUCCUGAGGCUUCUCAGGAGACAUAAGGAAGUGAUUCAGAAGGACAUCCUUGGGAUCUUCAAAAGGAGAAAACUGAGGACAAAACAUUGAAUCCUAUGGUCUUGGGGUUAAGGAAAUGAUUCUGCAGUUAAAGGCACUUGCCACCAAGUCAGGUGACAUAAAUUCUAUCCCUGGGACCAACAUGGUGAAGGGGAAGAACUGAUGACCCAAAGUGUCACUGGCUACACACAUGCUGUGCCACAAACACACCUUACCCCACAGUAAAUACUAAAAAUGCCCCAAGACUGGGACAUGAGUCUACAUUGCUCUGGAGUUGUAUUUUUUUUUUCAUUUUUAACAAGUUUAUUUAGAUAAACUUGACUUUUUAAAUAAGUUUAACUGAAGGGAAAACUAUUUAGAAUCAUUUUGGUCAAGAGUAAUUUGCCACUACUUAAAGACAGAUUGUUCUACAUGUAACAGCUAUAUACAAGAAUGCUAUAAAAUUAUCCUUGGUUUUACAAUGAUAAAAGCAUUAAAAUUCUCCAAUCAAACCAGGUAUGCAAGGAUUUGAUGAUGUUGGGUUCUUUCAUUAAAACAAUGAGAGCAAAAAUACAUACCUUACUGGAAUGUAAAGAAAAGAGCUGAAUGAGCAUGCCACAAAUGGAGGGGAAAAUUUCACAGAACCAGUACUUCUCCACAGACUGUCUCCAUCUGAUGUCAGUCAACCAAAACAGAACAUUGGCCAUUUAGAUGAAAACAAAAAGAAAAAAAAGCACAAUAUGCUUGUGCACACAUACCACUUAGUUUAUGAACGAUAAUGAAAUCAGAACAGGGAAAUGAAUGAAUAGAGAAAACUAUUCUGUAAUAGGAUGUGGUGGAACCAAAUUGCAGUUUUAUUCUUGGUCUUUAACAAAAUUCUGGAGUAAAGUAGCAGGUUCUCUCUUUAGUAGACACCUGUCUGCGCUGGAACACAUCAAUUUUAUCUUCAUUCUCCAUUUCCAACUGUGCAGGUGUGUCUGUUUCACUGGUUAUCAAACCAGAAUCCGAUCUGCUCAGAGAUGUACCUUGUCAUUAGUUCACUGAGUGGUGCCUGCCUCUUAAACUACACCACAGAACCGUCCUGCCCUGCCACCUUCAAAUUAGUAGGAUUGCUGUUCUUAGUCUUGACUCCAAACACCAGGUUCUCCUCAGCUGCCACAUCACAAGAGCUACCAGGUCCCUGCUGAAGGCACACACACGCAGCACCAGGAGCAGCACGAGAAGGGGGAGGCCACUUUGAAGCUUUAUUAUUAAUCUCCAGGGCUGAAAGAGCACACUGUGUACAAAGAUUAAAGUAGUGGCCUCUGGCCCUUAGCCAUACACGUGAUUCCAGGACCUCCAGAAAUGCUGAUGAGAAUCUGAGCUGUAGCUCAGGGGUAGAACCUUUACCUACCAUGCAGAAGGCCCGAGGUCCAAUGAUCUCCCCCCUCCCUGCAGCGUCUCAACAAAACAAAAAACUGCUGUAUGGUUUUUUUGUUUGUUUGGCUGGUUCAGGUAAGGUCUCUCACUAUUUAGCCAAGGCUGGCCUCUAACUCACUUUGUAGCCUGGGUUGGUUUCGAACUCACAGUGAUCCCCCUCCAUAAGGCUCUGAAGUCCUGGGAUUAUUGCAGUGUGCCACUUUAGCCAGCUUUUCCAUGAGACUCUAAACAGUCAAGUGGCUGAAGGGCGACCUAUGAUUGUGUUAGCAACAACUGCCCUGGCUGCCGUCACUCUGUAGAUCAAGUGACCUCGAUCUCAGAGAUCCACCUCUGCCUCCCAAGUAAUUAAAGAAGUGCACCACCAUGGA